CUCUGUAGAUCAUUCUAUUUCCACCACCUUCCCCAAUUUGAGCAUUUUCCCCUCUCUCUCUCUCUCUCUCUCAACCACACCCAAACACACACUCACUCUUCCCAUUCUCUCUCUCUCUCUAGAAAUUUCUUGUUCCUAAUACUCUUGACUCUACCCACCAUGGCUACACUGCACUCUCUCCCUAUCUCCUCACCCCUCUCCCCAUGCCCCCAACCUCACCACCACCUCACAGGCUUAAUAUCUGUCUCCGCAAUCCCAUGCCAGAGCAUUCGUUCCUCCUUCAACGGCACAUCAUUGCAGCUUCCUCCAUCCCAAAAGCCUGCCCGUAAAACCCGAUCAUCUCGAUCACCUGCACAAAUCACGAUGAUGGUCAAGCCAAGAAUCCAGUUCAUCCAAGGAAUCGAUGAGCAGACGAUCCCUGAUGUCAAGCUGACCAAAUCGCGUGACGGCACAAGCGGUGUCGCGACUUUCACCUUCGAGCAGCCUUCCGUGUUCGACUCGUCAAGCGAGUUAGGGGACAUCACGGGCUUCUACAUGAUCGACGAGGAAGGCGUGCUCCAGUCGGUCGACGUGAGCGCCCAGUUUGUGAAUGGCAAGCCGGCAAGAAUAGAGGCAAAGUAUGUGAUGAGGACCCUGCAAGAGUGGGACAGGUUCAUGAGGUUCAUGGAGAGGUACUCUCAGGCAAAUGGGCUACAAUUCAUCAAAAAGUAAAAAAAACAUUCUAUGUCUUUUUUCCCCCCCUUAGAUGUACUCUCUCUAUCUUAUGUUCUCAUUAAAGAAUUUUGUUAACUAUUUCUAGUUUCAGUUGUAAUGUGUUCAUGGUAUGGUAUUCCAAGUGGUUUAACCACUUUGAUAUACCACUCAAAUUAGUUUUUGUAAACUUGGUAUUCUGAGUAAAUGAGAUGUGUAUCAUUCACUAGUAUUCAA